UUCACAUUUAGUUAUUGCUUUAGUGUUUUUGUCUAGUAGAUAAAUUUGUUACUUUUUAUGGAGAGGUAUGUUGUGUUUUUGUUACACAUUUCUUCUUUAAUUUACCUUUAUGUUAGGCCCCAGAACCCCUAGACUGAAUGGGGCGUAACAAAGGGUCCUAGACCUGCCGGAAACGGAGACACUGGAUUGUGUCCCUGGUGGUUGCAUUAUUCUGCCAGAAAAUGGCAGAAUCACGUGUUUGUCUGUAGCCAUGGUAACUAUGUAAACACAGAGACAAAUAUCGGGACUUCCCCUAGCUUCCCCUAGCUUGAAAGCUUCCAGAUUUUUCUAGAUCUUUCCAGAUGUCUCUGCGUUUACACAGUUACCAUGGCGACAGACAAAUACCGGGACUUCCCCCAGCUGCCAAGCCGUUACCAUGGCUACAGACAAACACGUGAUGUCACACACUGUGGUGAACUAUAGUGUGAUGUCACACAGUGAUGUCAUCCCCUUUGAUCUGAAGUCUAUAAAUAGGACCCAGAUUCAGUUGUGUCUCAGUGCCCGUUUGGUUCACACCAGAGAGCAUACCUUCUGUUCCCCAGCUACUAGAAGCCUUGCAUUCCCGUCAAGUACCUUCGACCUACACUGAGGAACUCGCAGAUUUUUUUUCUCGCUACAAAAAUCUGCAUCUCGUAUCCAGAACAUUUUAAAGAUUUUCAUUUUUACCUUGAAAAUCAUCAUUUAAAAUGUUCUUCCGUCGUUUUGGACAUUCUGGGGUUGAGGAGAGCUUCCUCGCUCAGAAUCUCUCCAAACUUGAGAAGAGAGUCCAGCAAAAUUCCUCGCUGACCAGCCAGUUGCAAACCCUCGCCGCUGAGCUGGAAGGCAAGAAAAACCUGAGAGGAACCUGCGCUGAACUCUCCAAGGCAAAGAAAUCAGCCACUAAACUAACCAAGAAGCUGGAAAAAGACCUGCAACGCAUCAACAAAAAAAUCCAGGAGCAAAAACCCCUGGAGGAGCGUUGUAGGAAACAGCAGCUAGAGAUCGACCAGCUGACUGAGACUAACACCAACCUCCUGGCAACUCUUCAGGAACUCCAGAUGAAAGUUUGGGAUCCUCAAGAGUUGUCCAGCGAGUUGAUGAGAGUCAAGGUCACGGCCGAAUCUGUCAGCCAGGAGAACCAAGAUCUCGAGAAAGAGGUUCAGAAGGUCCAAGCCACCAUCGUGGCCCUGGAACCUCUGCAGCAGCAGCUGAAAGACCACACUGAUCACCUCCAGACACUGCAGGAGAAAAACCUCACCCUCCAGAACCAGCUGAAAGACCUCCACAGACAUCGUGAGGAGGAGGCAGUGAUGAGACAACGUUCUGCCACCAUCCUCGCCCAAACCAAGUCUCUGGAGGAGGAGAACUCCAUCCUUGAAGCUGAGAUUCUUCAGCUACAUUCUACACAACGUAGUUCUGCAGAUGAGCUGGAGCACAGAUUCAAAGAAGAAUCCGAUUUGUUUCUGUCUCUGCAGAAACAAAACGCCGUCUUCAGAGAAGAGCUCACAGCUCUGCAGAAGAAGUCUGAGAAAGACGCUGAGAUGAAGCUUCAGUAUUCCUCUCUGCAAGCUGAUAGGAAGGUUGUAGAGACGGAAUUCAAAUCCCUGAAGCAACAGAUCCGCGCUCUUUCUCAGCAAUGUGAGGACUUCAGGCCCAUGACCGAGAAAUUUAAUGAGACCACGGAGUACAUCGGCCAACUCCAAGAGCGCAAUAAAUCGCUUUUGGAGGAAGUCGAGAACCUCCAGGUCAUGAAGCAGGAAUUAGAAGGAGUCUCCACAGAAUAUAGAAAUCUGGAGACAAACAUUAAGGACCUGAAGAGACAAAACUUUAACCUCACUAAAGAGGUGGAGCAAAGAAGUUUGGAGGUUCUGGACCAAAAAGACCUGGAGGUCAAAGUCGUUGCUGCAAGAAAAGAGUAUGAAGAAGUUCUGGCUGAAAACGUCACCCUGAAAACCAAAGCCUCAAAGUACGCUCAACAAGCACAGAGAGCUGCUUUGAGGUCCCCCCUUCAGCCUCCUGUCAGAGCUGCUCAAAGAGAGCUUCCUGCUCCAAAACUAGCACGUCCGCCUGUGUUGGAGGAAACUUCUGGAUGCAGACAAAUGCCCAGCAGGUUCCAACAACACAGAGCUGCCCUUAGACAGCAUCAGGGAGCUCCACCAAGAAGGGUUCCUGGUUUCCGGCAGGUCUAGGACCCUUUGUUACGCCCCAUUCAGUCUAGGGGUUCUGGGGCGUAACAUAAAGGUAAAUUAAAGAAGAAAUGUGUAA